AAGCUCGUACUUCUUGUCUUCGCCUUAAUAGGAGAUGCUAAUGGUUGCUUUGGUGGUGGAUGUGGAGGUCAGGUGCAAUGUUGCUGCUUGAAACUGCCACCAAUUUGUUUACCAAUACUAAAUUUGGGCGGUUGUUGCGGUGGUUGCUGUUGUCCAGGUCAAGGAGGUGGCGGAUAUCCUUUACCACCUGCCGUUCCGAGUGGAGGAGGAUACCCGGUGCCAGGAGGUGGCUAUCCAGUUGGAUAA